CUAUCUCCCAUUUACCCACUUGGCACCGAGCCUUUGGCUAGAGAUACCCUUCUGGCAUUUGCUGCCGGUUUUAUUGGAUCCCCUAGGCGGCCCAGCUAGCCCUGCUUUGUAUCCGCCGACGAUCAUUUGGUACGCUUCGAGAAACUACGGCAACUAAUGACGGAAUUCAUAAAACUUUGAACACGACAACAUUAGAGAUCCCUUUUCAAUUUACCAACCUAUAAGCUAUAAGCUAUAAGCUGAUAACCUUCACCUCUCUAUGCGAUAUCGUCUCCCCCUCCAUCUUUUUUUAUAGCUCUUGGAGCAUCGUCAACCGAUUAGGAUGGUGCUGAAGAAAGCAACAUGGCUUUGGGUAAUUCCCAGCCUAUUGGCGACUUUCGUCAUAGGUGCUCCAACUACCGGAGCUCAAUACGUGCUGCAGGCAAACCAUGACAGUAGCCAGUCUACGUCGCAGCGCAAGUUGCACGGCAGGUUUCUACAUAUUACAGAUCUACACCCAGACGAACACUACGAAGUCCACACAUCUACCGAGGAGAAUAUCGCAUGUCACCGAGGCCAAGGCCCGGCUGGCACUUAUGGCGCAGAAACUUCUGACUGCGAUUCCCCGCUGUCGUUGGUCAACGUGACACUCAAUUGGGUUGCCGCUAACCUAAAGGACGAGAUUGAUUUUGUGGUUUGGACUGGCGACUCAGCUCGCCACGACAGCGAUGAGAAAAUACCCCGCCAUAACAAAGAAAUCCUAGCUAUGAACCAAAGAAUCGCAGACGCAUUUAUGACCACAUUUUCCGACGACAAGGGCCUAGUAGUUCCAGUCGUUCCAACUUUCGGCAACAAUGACAUAUACCCUCACAAUAUACUGUUACCAGGUCCGAACAAGAUUUUAAAGACUUAUACCGAUGUCUGGAGGAAUUUCAUUCCAGAAGCGCAGCGGCACUCAUUUGAGUAUGGCGGCUGGUUUUAUGUUGAAGUCAUCCCGGACAAGCUGGCUGUCUUUAGUCUUAAUACCCUAUACUUCUUCGAUCGUAAUGCGGGGGUCGACGACUGUGCACACCCAACCGAGCCCGGAUACAAGCACUUCGAGUGGCUGCGAAUCCAAUUGCAGUUCAUGCGAGAACGCGGGAUGAAAGCUAUUCUCACGGGCCAUGUUCCUCCUGCCAGGACUUCCGGCAAGCAACUAUGGGACGAAACUUGCUGGCAGAAAUACACCCUCUGGUUGCAGCAGUAUCGCGACGUCGUUACCGGCUCUCUAUAUGGACACAUGAACAUAGAUCAUUUCCUUCUUCAAGAUACACAGGAUAUCGACUUUUCCUCUAUCGCAAGCGAGCCUAACCAACGAGCAAGUAUUCGCGAGACUAUGGAAGAUGAGGUUUCGAUGGAAUCUAGUAAAGAUUACCUCAUAGAAUUGCGUGACGACUGGUCUAAAUUGCCAAACCCAAUCCGAGGCCAGGACCUUGAAGAAUCUGGGAAGAAAAGGAAGAAGGGCAAGAAAGGCAAGGGCGGAAAGAACAAGACGGGCGGGCCUUUCGCGGAGCGAUACCAGUUGACUCUCAUCAGCCCUAGCGUUGUUCCGAACUACUUCCCGAGUCUCCGUGUUUUCGAAUACAAUAUAACUGGCCUUGAGGAUACCCUAACAUGGGUAGACACGUUGCGCGCCCCUGGUGCUCAAGCCUUUUUCCCCGGCCCGGAGGAAUCGCAUGAACUGGAGCUCCGUGACGAACCCAAUCUAGAGAUCGAGAAGAAGAAAACGAGAGGCAAAGGGAAGGGUGACAAGAAACCCAAGGAUCUUAACUUCCCAAUCCCAGACGCACCAGCCAAGGGAACGCCUCCGGGUCCCGCAUACUUCCCCCAGCCUUUGACGUUCAAAGGCUUCACCCAAUACUACGCGAACCUGACGUAUCUCAACAACGACAUCACCGUAGACGACGAGGAGGAGGUGUCGUCUUUGAGCUGGAACGCGGGCAAGCACCGGGACAAGAAGCCCAAGCACGCCAAGCCGGAACCAAGGGAGUUUGCCUACGCGGUCGAAUACACCACCUUCGACGACAAGAUCUACAAGCUGAAGGAUUUGACGGUUAGGAGCUUGUUGAAGCUCGCGCAUAGGAUUGGCCAGACUUCGGCUAGUUCUAAGGGGCUAAUUGACGAGGAGUCUGAACGCGAUUAUGGUGACGAUGAAUAUGAAGUUGAUGAAGUGGAAGAAGACAGCGAUGAGUCCGGUAGGGAAGAGGAAGGGGAGGAGGAGGAUGGGUCAGAUACUGACCUUGAAAUAGAGAAGAAAAAGAAGGGCAAGGGCAAGAAGAAGCACCACAAGGGCCACAAGAACAAGAAGGAUACCGAGGUGUGGCUGCACUUCCUUAGACAUGCAUUCGUCAGCACGAGGAGUACAGACGAGCUGAGGGAUCUUGAAUAAAUCGGCGAAGAACGGAUUUGAUUGGUUUUUGGGGCUCAGGUACGAUGAUUUUACAUAUAUACCUAUUAUCAUUUAAAUUGGAGAGCUUAGGGCGUUUUGGUUGGCAUGGACAGGCGCUUUCGAGGAGGGGCCGCGUUUGCUAGCUAGCUGCUUGAGUUGGCUUUUAUUAUGUGGUUUGUGUCUUUGGGAGCGAGCGAAGCGACGUGGGAGGGGCGUUUGAUGAUGAUGAUGACUACCUGUAUAUAGGUAUAUCGAUGCAUAGCAUGGCAUGGCAUGGCAUUAGUGCAUCUUGGUCGGGCGGGGCCGCCAUAGGGAAGGGAUUCCCAACUCGG